AUGGAGUGGCUUUUCAUUGCCCUGGCAACCUGUUUGCUAGCCCUCUGUCCUGUCGAAGGAGACGAGUGGAGGCUGGAAUAUGAAGAAGGACUCAGUCACUACAGUGAGGAAGCUCUUAGGAAGGAGUUUCCUGAGAAGACCAGGCCAAUCAGUUUCAAACAUCCACUUUUCAUGUGUCCUGACAUGAGCCCCUCCUCUUCUGUGCCCACCUCAGUUGAGCUGGUGAGAGCAGCAGAUAUAAAAGUGAUUGCUGCUCUUGGAGAUUCAUUGACUACAGCCAUUGGUGCGAAUGCAACCACAGUUCUUGGCAUACCAAUUGAAUUUCGUCAUGUGUCAUGGAGCAUUGGUGGUUAUGGAUCUUUUCAAGAUGUCAUUACAUUGGCAAACAUCAUUCGACUCUUCAACCCCGGUUUAGUGGGACCUGCACCAUCCAAGACAGUUCACGGGACCCCCGCUCCCCUCUGCGAGACUGGAUUUAACCUGGCUGUGACCGGACACAACACCUUUAAUCUACCUGAACAAGUCAGACAUUUGAUUGAUUCAUUGAAAACAUAUGAGGAUAUUGACUUUGAUGUGGACUGGAAGCUGUUGACCAUUCUCAUUGGAAUGAAUGACAUCUGUGAUUACUGCAAAGACAAGGCAUUGCUUACAAAGCUGUUUCUUUGGCAAGCUACAGACAGAAGAUUCUUCUACAGUAUUUACAGAUUUUGUUCACAAUGUCAAAUCGGGAGCUAG